AUGGCCAGUUGUCUGUGGAGAUAUCGCCGCCGGAUCCUACUGUGCAUAUGUACGCCAUGUAUACUCCUUGGAUGCCUUUUCCUCUACAUAACAUUGGCUUUAUGUUUAGCCAUGGCUCCCACCUACCCAUCUGAUGGGCAAAUUAUCACCUCUAACCUGCUAGACAGACACUUUGUAGCCACAGGGACCACUAAUUCCAGUAUACUGGCCUCCUAUCCAGCUCAGCCCUUUUGGAGACAGGACCUGAACAAAACAGCAUUUUGGAAUCUGAUCCAACAUGUCAUGGACCGCCAGCAUAACCCCAUCCUUCAAGCCUCAGGAAACGGUUCCCGUAAAGAUAACAUCACAUCACUGAACCAAAAUGGAUCUUUUCCAAACUAUAAAAGGAUGUGGAGAAUGUCAGAUUAUGUCACUCUGCCAAUUCAUAUACAGAGGUUUAUCAAUUCUAUGCACUGUAGAGACUACCCACUGCUCAUUGACCAGCCAGGAUUGUGUGCCAAAAUGGCAGAGGCUCCAAAGUUGCUGCUGGCUAUUAAGUCACAGGUGCCUAACUUUAGGAACCGCCAAGCCAUCAGGAUGACAUGGGGGUAUUCAGGCCUGCUGAAGGGGCAGGUGGGGAAAGGAGGACGAGUGCACAGGGUUUUUCUCUUGGGCAAGAUUGAUGAAGCCCUUAGUAAAGAUAUUGAAAAAGAGAGUGAAAUGUAUAAUGACAUUAUAAUGUGGGACUUCAUGGACACUUUCUUUAACCUGACGCUGAAGGACAUACUGUUCUGGGAUUGGUUCUCCAAGCACUGCCAGAAUGCCCGCUUUGUGUUAAAGGGUGAUGACGAUGUCUUUGUGAGGACGCCCGCUCUCCUGGACUACUUGGAGAAUCAGGAAAAGCUUCACUUAAAAAGACAUGGGUAUGCCAAGAAAAUGGAUGACUUUGUUAUUGGGGACAUUAUCACCUCUGCGAUCCCUCGGCGCUCAGAAACCAACAAGUAUUUCAUCCCUGAAAGUUUCUAUGAGGGCAUGUAUCCAACAUAUCCAGGUGGAGGAGGGGUAGUCUACUCUGGUGCUCUGGUUCCCAGGCUUCUCCAGGUAUCCAGGAGAGUUCAUCUGUUUCCUAUUGAUGAUGUUUACCUGGGGAUGUGCCUUCAAAGGCUGGGGGUCACCCCCAUUGACCACCCAGCCUUCCUUACUUUUGAUUUUAAAGCUGCAGACGCAAAGGAGCCCUGUGCCCACCAUACCAUUCUGCUGGUCCACAAACGCAGUCCCAAAGAAAUGUUAAACUUGUGGAUGGAGACCUUGGUGCCAAGCGCCGAAUGUCGAAACGCAACCCUUAGAGAGAAACGCAGUAAGAGAUGGCUUUCUGAAUGA